AUGCAACUGGGCAAUAGUAUUCUUGAAGUGAUGGAAGUUGUAUCAUCUUUACCUGGAUGUGAACCUACUAACACUUUGUGGAUAUUUGCGACUCGACUGUUUUUGAAUCAAGAGAAGCAAGAGAUGUUCUCUACCAUGAAGACUCCUAAUGUCAAGCUUGCAUGGCUAACUUAUGAAUUUAAUACCAAUAAGGCAGUUAACUUAUGA